AUGGCUUUCGAUAAAGUCACGGCGUCGCGGGCGGUGCUCAACCCGCAACUCGCGCCGCGUCUUGCGGAGUACGUGUCGCUGCUAGAGCCGGCCGCAGUCGCCGCGGAGUUUAAGCGGCUCGCACGGAUGCAGCGCGGAUGGCGGAAGCUGCAGUCAGACUGGCGAGGACGGUGGGGUGCGGGGGUACGGGCUUGGAAGCGGCGGAAGCGGAGGGGAGCGGAGGAUGAGGGGGGAAUGAGGGGGAAGGGGCUGGUAAAGACGGAAGAGGGAGAGGAUGGGAAGAGGGAGAAGGUGUCACGAGGCGGAAAGGUCAAGAGGGAGGGGGACAAUGACGGUAGUGGGGGAAGGCAUAGGGGAGGCGGAGAGCGAAGGGGAAGAGGAAGGGCAGCGCGGCUGGAUGUUGCGGAGAUGUUUGAAAUGGGCGACGAGGUGCAACGGGCAGUGUUGGCUGUCUUCUUCCUGCGAAAGUGCACUGUGCGUUUUUUUCUCCACAUGCGUGAGAGUCGGGCCGCCGCAGAAGGAGGGGCAAGGGGAGCGGAGGAGGAAGUGGAGUGGGAGAAGCUGAGGUUUAAGAGGCGUGACAGUGAAGGGAAGAGAAAAAGAGGAGUGCAGAGAGCUGAGGGGGGUGUGUGGGGGAGAGGAGGGUUGGGGGAGUGGGGCCUGGGAGGUCUUGAGGAGGAAUUGAUGGGUGCUGCUGCCUUGCGCAUGGUUAGAGAGCGGUGCAAAGGGAUGAAAGGGGAGGAGGGAGAGGAGGAGGAGGAGGAGGAGGAGGAGGAGGAGGAGGAAGAGGAAGAAGAAGAAGAAGAAGAAGAAGAAGAAGAAGAAGAAGAAGAAGAAGAAGAAGAAGAAGAAGAAGAAGAAGAAGAAGAAGAAGAAGAAGAAGAAGAAGAAGAAGAAGAGGAGGAGAGGAGGUUAUUUGACGAUCCCAUGUUUCUCCUAGAGCUGCUCUGCCUGCUUCCAGCUCUGGCGCUCAAGUGCCCCUCGCUCCUGCCACCAGGUCUGGCUGUUCUCGGACUGCUGGCUUCAAGGCUCGGCCCGAGCCUGAUUGCAGGUCUCGUGCUCCAAACCUCUCCGCAGUUCCGAACCUCCGCGAUCAAGCUCCUCGCGCGAGUCUUAGCCCAAACAUCAGCCUCCACAUCCGCACCUACAGCAAUUCCCUCUCAACCUGCCCCACCAUCGUCUCUCCCUGAACCGCAACCCACACAUUGGGGGGCUGCUGCUGCUGCUGCUGCUGCUGCUGCUGCUGCUGCGCCUGGGGAUUCUAAAACGCCUGUGGCAGCAGGCCGUUCAGGUGCUACUGGUGCUGCCACUGCUGCUGGUGCCGGGGCUGCCACUGGUGCUGGUGCUACUGGUGGUGCAAAGCAGACCUUGCGUCCGAAGCGGCCGCUUGCGUUUGCCUUUCCUGGAAUCUUCUCCUCCAAGCCGCCCCCGCUGAAAGAGCUACAGCACAAGCAGGCACAGGGGUUCCUCCCUGGUGUGGUGGGUCCCAUUCACGAGAAUGCAUUUGCACACCAUAAACAUUCCUCCCAUCACCAUCACCCCUCUGCACCAUCCUCACUGCUCCCAAUUCCUCCCUCAGCUGCUCGUUCCCAUGCUCACACCAGCAAUACUGCCUCCAUCGCCCCCUCCACUGCUCGUCUUACCGCUGCAAACUGGGCCUCAUGCACCUUCCGUGCAGCUUCCCUCGCCAUGGUCCGCGUCUGCCAGCUGUCCGCAGCUACUGCUGCCACCUCAGCAAGCAGAUCCACGGCUAAAUCUAUAGGUCCUGUGUUGCUGGAAGACCCUCUUGCGGUUCCCAAGGCGUGCCGGGCGGCGUUGCUGAGUCAGCACGUGCUUGCUGAGCUGGCAGUGCAGAUCACGGUGGAUCUGAUUGGCGAUGAGCUGGCGUUUUUCCUGUCUGCCCUGCCUCCUCUGUCCGAUCCCCUAUUGGCCAAAACCAGUUUCUGGAGGUUUCUUAUAGCCCCUUACAGGCUGCCAGGCGGGAAAAUAGCAGAAGAGGAAGAAGAGAAUAUUGUGUCACAUGCCCAAGGAGGAGGGGUGAAGGCACAAAGGGAUACAGCAGGGUCGAUGGGGGAAUGUGAGGAUAUGGUGGCUGUUGGGAGCCAAUCGGAAUGCGCCAUGUGGCGCGCCAGGGCGGCAUUGCUGCGAGGAGCAGAGGCAGAGGCGGAGAGAGUGGGUCUUGACGUGAGGCUGGGGCACAGUGGGGGGCGUGUGGAGAGUUGGGAGUGUGGAGAGGGUGGGGAGGGUGGGGAGGUUAAGGGUGAGGAUGAGGUUUCCAGGAAGGAGGAGAAGGAGGAGGAGGAAAAAGGUGGUGGUGGCGUGGCAGGGAGUACAGGGCUUAAGGCACAUGAGCGUCUGGAGGAGGGCGGCGGGGUGGUGGGAAGAUGGUCGGCGGAACUGUCACGGCACCUGCGGGUGUUUUGUCUGUUGUGCGGGUGCGGCGUGGUGAAGCUCGAGGAUGCUGCACGUGACAGCCUGGCAGCCAAAGAGCACCAGCAGCAGCACAGCAAGAAAGCAGGAGCUACACCCUCCCCUAUCUCUAAAGAGCUCGUGCUCCUCGCUCUCUCCCUCCUCUCCCUCAUCCCCCCCUCCCUCGCCUCCUCGCCUCUCCUCCACCCCCUCUACCUUGAAGCAGCACGUUCCGUUCUCUCAUCCCAUCUCGCGAUCAACCCAUCUCACGAUUCUGCACGUUCCUCCUCGAAGCAACCGCGAAACAAAGUGGCCGAUGGGAGUGGUGGGGCAGAAGGAUGGGGAAGAGGAGGAAACGAGCUCAUUCGGCAGACCCUGGGCUUCCCUGUGUUACUGAGUACCGCCUCUCUCACCCAUCUCGCUGAUACUGCACAGCUCUUUUCAAACCAAGCCCACAGUACAGUCCGAGAUUGCACCGGCCCAGUGGACAAACCAGCAGCAACAGUGCGAGCAUCAGCAUCAGCAUCAGCAUCAGCAGCAGUGCGGGCAGCAGAGUGCAUGCAUCUGCUGCUAGAGGCAGACCUCUUCGCCCUCCACCACAUCAACCCCACCCCGGCUCUCUUCCGCUGCCUCUACGCCGCUUCCCUCCCCAUCCACCCUGUAUUCCCCUCCCUCCUCUCUUCCUACGUCUCUGCCCUUGCUUCCGCGUCCCUCCCUCCUGCUCCACCCACCCCCGCCCGCACGCCAGUCUCCCACCCCCCCUCGGCCCACCCCCCGACGCACCCUCAUUAUUCUCUCCCCUCCUUGCACCCCUCCCCCUCCCACGCUUCUCCCUCUCACGUCCCCCGUUCCCACCCCUCCCCGUCCCGCAUCUCCCCAUCCCACCCCUCCUCCGCCCACCCAUCCCCCUCUCACCCCUCCCGCUCCCCCCUCCACCCCACCUCCUCCCCUACCAUUCCAAACACCGCCCCCACUCUCUCUCCCCCCACCACAACCCCUCCCACCCCUGCCAUCCAACCCCUCUCUCGCUCUGCCCUCCUUCGUCUCAUUUGGCCGGCCUGUCUCCUCACCACCUCUGGAAUUCCUCACACUGCUCUGCUCUCUCCCCUCCUCUCCACACAACCUCUGCCCCAAGUGGCAUCUCUGGAACCUGAAUCAGGGUCAAAAACUGGUAAGGCGGGUGGGGGUGGUGGCGCCGGGGAUGACGUGGGUGGGGCGGUGGGUCGUGGCACUAGUGGAAUGCGGUUGGAGGAGAUGUGCUGGGGUGAGGAGGGGAGGGUGCUAGCACGAGGGGCGCUGGGGUCGCUGUAUGUGCUGCUGUGGGAGCGGGAGAUGCAGAGGAAGCGAGGAGCGUGGGGGAGUGGGGAGAAAAGAGGUGGGCAGGAGGCGGGAGAGAGGAGAGGGGCGCAGGAGGGAGGGGAGAGGAGAGGGACGCAGGAGGGAGGGGAGAGGAGAGGGACGCAGGAGGGAGGGGAGAGGAGAGGGACGCAGGAGGGAGGGGAGAGGAGAGGGAUACAGGGCGUGCCGGGCAAGAGAGGAGUUGCUGGGGCUGAAUUCGUGCUGCCAGAAGUGGGAGAGGAGUUCGAGGAAGGGGAAGAGGGAGACGAGGGAGCAGAGGGGGAAAAUGAAGAGGAGGGAGAGGCGGGAGAAGAGGGAGAGGAGGAACGAGAGGAGGGCGGUGGUGGGAGUGGCAGGAUAGGAAGUGCAAGGGCGACAGUUGGAACAGGGAGCAGAGGAGCGGUGCAGGCAUGCAGAGCAGUGGUCAUUCAUGCCCUGCCAGGGCAGCAGUGGUGGCAGUUGCUGCUGUGUGCCGUGCCCUGGCACACCCUGCUUGCCACCUUUGAGCGGAGGUUCCUUGACUUCACCCCGCUCAUGCCUACUUGGCAGUCUCUGGCGUUUUCUAUGCUGCCCGACUUUCCCGGGCAGCCUCCUCGACUGCCCCUACCAACAAACUCCGACGCCUUUUCCCUCACAAGCCCUUUUCCUCCCCCUCCUCCUCUCCACACACUCGCCCGCCCCAAAGCCCUCCGCACCUUCCCCUAUCUCAACCUCCUCCUCCCACCCUCCCUCCCUGCCACGUCAGCACGCUCCACCACCACAUCAGCCCGCUCAUUAUCUACCUCAGCACGCUUGAUUGCUAUUCCAGCAAACGGAACAGCACCAGAUGACAACCUGCCACACCAGCACGCUCUAGACAUCCUCUACUCUCUUCUUCACACCCUCCUAUCCCCAAACGCUCCCAACACUCUCAACAAUCUUAACACCCCUCCCAUCUCCUUCACUUCAAGCCCUGUGCAAGCAUUUGAGUGGAGCAUGGCUAAUUGCCCCCUUGCCUUAAACUCCAACCCCCAGCAGCAGCAGCAUGAGGAGUUUUGCAUUCUUCUCUGCGCUCUUCUUGAUGCCUGGCAGUUUCCCCUCUCCUUAUCCCUCUCGCUCUCCCUCUCUGCCUCCGAACCUGCUGUCAAAGGAGUCACGCAAAGGGGCAGGGAAAAGUUUUUUAGCGCCUCCCUGGCCGACGCAGGGUUUGACGUUGGGGAUUGGGCGGCAGAGCUUGUCAUUAUCAACAACCUGCUUUCUUCUCUCUUACAGUCACACUCGCUGCAAUCACACUCGAUCAUGGACCUGAGGGCUAUCCAGGUGUCAUUCUCCUAUUGGUGGAGCCGACUCCCCCCUCUGGGAUAUCUAGCUCUCAUGCCAGCUGUGGUCGAAGCGAUUCAAACCCAGAACUUCCCUCCUCCCUCCUCUCCAUCCCCCUUCUCCCUGUCGCCCUCACCCCCCCUCCCUCUCUCCACUCACUCCCCACCACCUCCACCUUCCCUCUCACCUCCUCGUUUCUCUCCUCUGGAACUUCCUCCCUUUCCAUCUUCUCCGUCCCUCCCUGUCCGUCCCCCCCACCCUCUAGACGCCCUCACUCUCCCCCUCCGCCUCCUCUCCUCCCACCCGCUCCUCUUCCGCUCCCCUCCCCUCCUCUCUGGCCUCCUCCUGCCAAUCCUGACGCGCCAGCUGGACGAUUUCCGCAGGGCGUGCGCUGCUGAGCUGGCAGAGGGAGCAGGUGGGGAAAACGGUGGGGGGGUUACAAAUGGUGAUGGAGAGAAGGGUGGGAAUGGUGGGAGCAGUGCCACUGCUGGCACUGCUGGCACUGCUGGUGCUGGUGGUGCGGCUAGAGGGGGAGCCGGAGCAGCGGAGAAAGGGGAGAGAGGCGGGGGAGGUGCAGGGAAAGUGGGGACACGGGCAGGGUCAGAGGAGGAAGGCAAAGGAUUCAAUCAGACCGGUCCUGGUGUGGGUGGUGUGGGUUUGGGUUUCGGUGUGGGGUUGGGGUUGAGCAAAGGGGUGGUGGCGAGGCUGGGGAAGCGGAUGAGCGGAGCGGAGGUGGAGAAUGGGGUGGUGGCGAUGGUGGGGGUGGUGGCUCAGAUGGUCCUGGAGAUGUGUGGUGAGUUGCAGGAGGAAGGUGAGGAGGAGGGGGAGAGGGUGGAAGAGAUUUUUGAGAGGCUGGAGGAGUUGGGGGGAGAGGAGGAGCAGGGAGAUGAGGAGCAUGAGGAGGAGGAGGGUGAGGAUGAGGGGGUGGAGGGUGAAGAGGAGGAAGUGGGGCAAUGGAGGAAGCAGCGUGAGCAACAAAGGCAUGAACUACAGAGGCAGCGGUGGCAGGCGGGGCAGCAGGGCAGGGACGUGAGAGCAUGCCAGGCCAUGCUCUUCGCCUUCCUCGACCGCCUCAUCGCCCAGCACCCGCUGCUGCUCCGCCUCCUCACCUUCCAGGGCUUUUCGCUCACAUGUGUACCUCCCCUGGUUGCAGCCUCCCCAGCCACACGCUCGCUCCUCCCAGCACUCGUGCGGGAGUUGCUGCAGCAGCCAAUCAUGUCGCGCCAGCUCAUGGCCGUGGCUCUGGUGGCGGAGUAUGCUGUGUGCUGUAGCGAUGCACCCGACGCCCUGCCGCUCGCCUCCCAUGUGCUGCAUCUGCUCGCCCACACGCUCACCCACACGGCCGCUGCCACCAACUUCCUCUCCUUGUCUGUGCCCCCCACGUUCCCCUCCCCUCUGCCCCCCAAUCCACACCAGGUGCUGCAUCUGCUCGCCCACACGCUCACCCACACGGCCGCUGCCACCGACUUCCUCUCCUCCGCCCUCCCUUCCGCCGUCAGAUGUGCCGUCGCCCUCCCCUCCCUCGCCCCCGCCACAGUCACACUCCUGCGUGACCGUACCAGGGUGGCGGGACCCUUGCUGCCCUACCUUUCCCCGCAAGUCCCCGCGCUCUUUGCAGCAGCGGAGGCAGCCUGGAGGGUCCUGGUUAGGAGCCUAUCCCGCACAGCCACCGUUCCCCUCCCGUUAAUGCAAUUGUCCUGA